AUGGAUUUAGGAUUGAUUCCACUAGAGGGUCUUGAUGACCAAGAGUUACAGAUAGUUGCAAUCAAUAGGAUUGCUGCUCACUUUUCAAAUGUAGACAGUCUUGCAACCGUUAGUAAUCAUAAACAAUCAUUAAUACAACAGAAAAAGACAAUAGAAGCUCAAAUCAAAAAUGAAGUAAAUGGAGAAUUAGAUAAAUCAAAGAAAGGUUUGGAAACAUUACAUAGAUCAUUCGGUAGAAUCGAAAAGAUGAGUACUAGCUUUGGAUCGACUGUUCAGUUGUGCAAGGAGACUUCAAGUUUGAUCGGGUACUACCCAUUGAUCAAAAAAGUGAAUACCGUGCGUAGCAAUCUUAUGGCUAUCUUGAAGGAGGUAGAUCGACUACUGACAAUCCCAGAGAAAGCAGCAGAGAUUGAAUCGCUGAUGGAGAACGACAUCAACAUUCUCGUGGUACACAAGAAGAUCCGUGAGUUGGAGCGACUCCACAAGAACGCUCUGAAGCAAUUCGAGUCGAACUACGAAGAGUUGGAAGCGAUCCGUGAGAUGUUCUCGUCGGUGCCACUGCUAAGCGAUCGUUUCGAAUCGAAAAUAUGGAAUAUCGUUUCCAACUCGAUCAAGAUUGCACAGCAGGCACCGGCAGUGCUCGUCAAAGUCGCACAGAUCAUCGAGCGUGAGAAACUCUACGAAGAGCAGCUACUGGAGAAGUUGAAGCAGACUGCUCUGCUCGCGAGCGAGGGAAUCGAAGACGACCACCAGAACAACGGUGGCUAUGGUGAUACGUUUAUCAAGGUGCUGCACGAGUCGAUUGCAUCGAGAUUCGAACCGCUCUUUCUCACCUGUCACAAAGACCUUGUCGCAACACUCAAAGAGGUCAACGCGAUGGUCGACGAGCUCAACGUCAUCAUGGAUCAAGUAUCGGAAUGCUACCCGCCAAGCUACGACAUGUUCAACUUCUUUGUCAAGCAAUAUCACAGUAAGUUCUACUCACUAUUCGAGUCAUUCUCCAACCUCAUUGAGAUCGGUGUGAAAACAAGCAGUCAAGAACCUGCACAUAUUCUAAUGUUAAUUGAAUGGGUAAUGAAAGAAUAUCCAAUACAAUUGGGUAGACUUGGUAUACAAGAUAUGUCACCACCAUUGUUAGAUGCACUGGAUCCUAUUAUCAAUAUCUAUAAGAUACAUAUACAAGGUUUGAUGAAAGACUGGUGUGACAAUAUCAUUACAAACGACAAUCAAACUCGUCCGGAUGUAGUUGAAGGUCAAUACUCUACAUUCGCACCAGUACAUCUCUUUGAAAGUGUAAAUACACAGCUAGAUGUUGCACAUGCAACUAAAUGUCAAAAAUUGGUUGUAGGUGUAAUGGAAGAGGUAAUCAAUGCAUUGCUAUACUUCCAGACCAACUAUGUAAAGUUACUACAGGAACGUAAUCACGAGAUAAAGUUUGAGAAUGUAAUUGCAAGUGUUAAUAAUAAUUCGAGAUCCUAUGAUUUCACACAGUCUCUUCAGGAUAAGGUGUCGAACAUCUUGGAUACAGAGUAUAUGUCUAGUCUCGACUUUGAUCCGGUACUCGAUGGUUUCUUGGGUGUUGCAAGAGUCGGUACAAUGUCGUUGGCCAGCGUCAUCUUUAGAGAUCUCGAAGACACCAUCAAGAAGUUCUACACACCUCUUUGGUACACCGAAGAUUUGAUGCAACCCAUUAUCAAUACACUCGAAGAUUACUUUACAAACGAUAUUCAACGUUAUAUUCUAGAGAAUUACAUGAAGAGAUUAUCUUUAUUAUGUUUAGAUACUUUAAUUGAAUAUAUUCUAAUUCAAUUAAUUACAGGAAAGAAUCAAUUCAAUGAGAAUACAUAUCAGAGAAUGAGUGACGAUUGCGACAAGAUAUUGGAUUUCUUUAAGAAAUAUCUAAGACUUUCAGUUGCCACCGGUAGAGUACAAGUUAUUGAAGAUUUCAAACAGAUUAUAACUUGUGAUCCUGGAAUGAUACCAAUUUAUUUUAGAUCGAUUAUUAACCAUCAUAAGGAUAUCAAUGAUCGUGUGAUUGAACUUGUAUUACUACAGAGAAAUCAAAAUACUAAACACACUUUAAAAAUUGAUCAGUGUGAUCAUAAUUAUACAAUUACAAAUUAUAAUAAUAUUAAUAUAGUAAUACAAAUCAAUACAAUGUUAUCUUAUUUAAAUAAAUCUUCUUUAACAUUAAAGAAUUUGACAUUGGUAAACUCAAUUGGAUCAUCAACUGGUCUAUUAAGAACUUUCAGUGCUUCAUCUUUGAAUUUGCAACAAUAUCAGCAACAGCAACAAAGAUCAGGUGGAUACAGACAAUCAUAUAAUAAUAACAAUAAUUUCAAUAAUUACAAUAAUAAUAGCAACUAUAAUAACAAUAACAAUGGUAAUGGUAGAAAUUUCCGUCCAUCCUUUAAAAGAAAUCAAGAGAAUAACAAUUCACAACAGAACGAACCAAGAAAUGUCAGUUUUUCAAGAAAAGAUAUUAAUUCAGAUGCAACAUCAUCAUCAUCAUCAUCAUUUGAGUACAUAGAAAACAGACCACAGAAACAACAGCAAUCAGAUUUCUCUAUGCCAACCGAAAAGAUCGAUUGGUCAUUGGAGAAUAUGCAACCGAUCGUCAAGGAUCUCUACAAGGCCAACGAGAAGGUCGCUCAAAUGACACCGGAGGAGUGUAGCAACUUCCUCAAUGAACACAACGUCACUGUAAAAUCAAAGGAUUCACCAGCACCGAAUCCAGUACUCGCUUUCGAAGACAUGCAAUUCGCACCAUCCAUCACCAACAUCCUAAAGGUGAACUACGAGAAGCCAACUCCCAUCCAAUCGAUCGGUUGGCCAGUAGCACUGUCCGGUCGUGACAUGAUCGGUAUCUCUCAGACCGGAUCAGGUAAGACCAUCUCUUUCUUUUUGCCAGCGAUUCAACACAUUUUGUCACAACCACGUCAGACCGGUCCAUAUCUCGGUCCACAGGUUCUGAUUAUCGCACCGACUCGUGAGUUGUCCGUACAGAUCUCGCACGAAGCACAGCCAUACUUGAAGGCUGCACGUCUCAACUCGGUUGUUAUGUUUGGUGGAGAGUCGAAAUCACAUCAGAUUCGUGAUUUGAAACGUUGUCCACAAGUGGUUAUCGGUACUCCAGGUCGUAUUAUCGAUAUCAUGAAGGAGGGUUAUCUCAACUUGAAGCGUGUGUCGUUCUUUGUGUUGGACGAAGCCGAUCGUAUGUUGGAAAUGGGUUUCGAAGAUCAGAUUCGUGCUAUCUUUGAGAAUAUCAGACCCGAUCGUCAAGUGCUCUACUGGACCGCCACUUGGCCACGCAAGGUUCAAACACUUGCCCACGAAUUCAUUGUCAAUCCAGUCAAGGUACAAGUCGGAUCGACCGAACUAACAGCCAAUCCAAACAUCAAACAGAAUUUCAUUGUCGUCGAUUCAGAAAAGGACAAGGUGAAUGCACUCGUUGACACUCUCGAAAAGAUCUUCAACGAGCGUCCCGAAGCAAAGGUCAUCAUUUUCACCAUGACCAAGGGCGGUGCCGACAAACUGGCAGAGCACAUCGGACAGAUUGGAAAUGCACGUAUCGAAUCGAUUCACGGUGACAAACAGCAAUCGAGACGUAUCGCAAUUAUCAACGGAUUCAAGAAUAACUUUAUCGAUAUUUUGGUGGCGACCGAUGUGGCGUCGCGUGGACUCGACAUCAGAACCAUCACCGAUGUCAUCAACUUUUCAAUGCCAACACAAAUCGAAUCGUAUGUCCAUCGUAUUGGACGUACUGCACGUGCCGGUGCCACCGGAGAAUCACAUACCAUCAUUUCAAAGUCAUCAUUGAACGACAUCAAUUUGAUUCCCGACUUGAUCGAACUCAUGACUGGUGCCAACCAAGAAGUACCACCAGUAAUCAGCGCAUUAGCACCAAAGAGACAUUACAACAACAAUAACAACAAUAAUUAUAACAAUAAUCGUAGAGGAAAUAACAACAGAGGUGGAUAUAACAAUAACUUUAGAAACAAAAACAGUCAGAGAAAUGGUCCAGUUUCUUUUAAAAAGAGAGCUGAAUAA